AUGGUCUGUAUUGCUUCCUCACUAUAUUGUUGGUUGUUUUCUCGUGUGCUGGCAGUCUUGCGCAUCUCUGUACAGCUUCGCUGUUUGAUGCACCUCUGCUUUAAUCUUUGCAGCUUCGCUGUUUUCCUGUACAGCUUCGCUGUUGAGGUUCUCUGUGUCCUGGCCUGCUUUCCAGGGAGCUCGAAUCGGCCAACGCAGACUACGCAGACCAGGUUGACGGUUCACCGCCGGCGCCAGUACCUCGUAGAGCUCUUCGGCAUCGAUGAGCUAGAGGAAUUCUGGCGCGGGGCGGAGGUAGUACCUCGUAGAGCUUUUCGACAUCGAUGA